UUCUGUGGAGUGUCCAAGUACCUUUUUGCAAACAUUAAAUGAGCAACAAUGGGUUUUUGUAGACAGCAGUGGCUUCCUCCAUGGAGUCCUCCCAUGAACACCAUUCUUGGCCAUAGUUUUCCAUAUAGUUGAUGUGUACACAGAGAUAUUGGACUGUGCCAGUGAUUUCUGGAAGUCUCUAGCACACACUCUAGGGCAGGGGUUCCCCAUCUACAGCCCGUCUCCACGUUUGAAAACUUCCAGAAUAAAUGUCUGGACUUAUCCCCAUCUACAGCCCGUCUCCACGUUUGAAAACUUCCAGAAUAAAUGUCUGGACUUUAUUAGGAAAUUUAAAAUGCAUUAUUUGAACACAAAUUAUAUUAACAUACAUAAGAAACUUGUUGAUCAUCUUUUAAGUAUCCAGGAAUGCAAAAAAAAAUAAACAUUUGUCUUAAUACCACACAAAAUUGUCUAAUUUAAUCAAAUACAACAACAACUAAAAAAUUCUUAGGGAAUAACACAAAUAAAUAACAUAGUAGAAAACACAUACUGAAGGACACUUCUCCUAAGCAGCUCCCUACUCCAUUAGUAAGUUCACACAGUUUAAUGUAAUGGUAAUGCUAAACUGUGAUGCAGGUCGGACUUUCAGUAGCAAAAUUAGUGGUGCGUUUCACAAUGAUUACGUUUUACAUUACUUAAAUCGGGCUGCUGGCCGAAAAAAACCCUUCUAAUAUCCCUCCCAUGUAACGUAAUUCUGUACUGUGAGAGUUGCGUGUGUAUGUGUGGGGAGGAGAGGGGGAAGAUAGCUUGUUUUCCUGUUCAUUAGUUGUUUUGUCGAAUAUCCGAGAAUGAUUUCCUGACCAAUGUUUCGAUAAUCAUUGUAUCGCCAUAUCGUGAGCUUUGUAUCGCAAAUCCUAUCGUAUCGUGCUUCCCACCCUUAGUAACUAAAGCACAUUACCACAUAUAACACUCAAACUAAGGAACACACUUCCUACAGUUCUAAAGGCUUUAAUGUUAUGUCAUAAAUUAUUGGUGGCCUUUAUCCGUGACAAAUUUCUUGUCUCUUGCCUAAUGUAACUGAAACAUGAGGAUGUAAUGACAGCAAUCCCAAUUAAAAUGGAUUUGAUGAAUAUCGCUAUCAAUGGCAGGGGAUGAGUUAAUCGUGCGAUUAGAAUACAUAUGUUAAAACAAGUAUUUUGGGAUACUUAAAGUUGUAAUUUUACGAGGAAAUUUUCAAGAUAAUAAAGUCAUUACAACAAAAAUCUUUGAUUUACCCCCCCAAAAUUUUGAAAACAUUCUUAUGUUUACAACUAAGUAUUUACAAAGUGUGCAUUUUACAAAUCGUUCUUAUUUUAAUCACCUUGAGCUCUUUGACGUCAAUCUUGCCAGUGCCAUCAGAAUCAAAAAGGUCGAAAGCCUCCUUGAUCUCUUGCUUCUGCUCUUCGCUCAGCUCGAUUUUUGCACUGGCUUUCUUCUUGUGGCUCGUGGAUGGGACUGUUUUACGGUAAGCUGCAGCCUGGAAACGCAAAUGUUACAAUAAUGUACAACAAAUGAAUGCUCACGUAACUUUAGACGUCGACUCCAUCUUGAUGCUCGUAUUGGUAAAGUUUACCAUGCAUGCGCUACUCACAGAAAACACAAGCAGUCAGUAAAGUUUUGAAAUUGCAUUAGGAAAGAAAACAAAACAGCUUCACGCCAAUUUAUACCAUUUAAGUGGCUUUCCCAGGGGAGAUGUAGCAAAGAGAAGAGGUCACAAACAGGAGGAAUCCCGGAAGUACUCGAACACGUUCGUUUUUGCCGCUAAGACUCCUUUUCACUCCUCCUCGCACCUCUUUCUGCCUCGAAAAUUAGACGAAUGGGUCGUCCGAAUCACGCUUUUAAGUUAAACACAAGAGCUACGCCAGGAAAGGCUAGCAUCUGACGUCUUUUAUACUUUUCGUUCGAGUAAAGCGACUCGUUUGUUUGAUUUCCCUCAACAAACGUUUUUACGAGCGCGACUUUCCCCCCUGUAGCAACGCGAGAGCCAAUAGGAAGUGUUAUAUGACUAUGACGUAUACAUGUCGACCAAUUGUAAAAUGGAGUAGGCGGGAAGUAACGAGAUCCACCAAUCGCUGUAGACCUUCUUUUGUCUCCUUAGUGACCAGGCAAGUGAAGCCUCGUAUGGAAGCUAACCAAAAGGAAAAAGACAUGCAAAUAUGCGAUUGCUUGAUCUUGUGUAGAUUUAUAUUUAGUAUUUAUUAAAGGAACAAACGGCCCAAUAAGUCAUUUGUCCCUUUGGGAACGAAAAAGCCAAUAGGAAGUGUUUAUGGUGACACGUGUACGUGUCGACCAAUUGGAAAAUGAGGUACGUUUGAUGUAAUGUUGUCCACCAAUCGUUGUGGGCCAAUGCAGUUCCCCUUAGCAACGAGGCAAACGACGCAAGCGCAGUCGUUACCAGCGCUGGGAACCCCGUCAAUGGAAGGAGGGAAGAUAAUAAGGCCCUCGUAGCAAUGCUGGGAAGCACAAUAAUAAACCAGCGACAACAUGUGGGACUGCAGAAGCUGUCCGCACUGGCUGCCGUUGCACACUCCACAUUAGGACCCCAUAAAAAGUACAAGUUCAUCCAAGAUGAAGCUACUGGGGAUUCAGUUCUGGCCAGUUCAUGUUUACGUAUCCUGGACAACCUGGAUGUGGCCACCUGCUCUGUCGGCCAGCUGGUUCACGAAACCAUUCGGGCGCACCACGAGAUUUAUCACACAGGUUCAGGCUGCCUUCUGUUUUUUGCCGGAGCGUGGAGUCAAACGGCAUUAUCGUGUUUGCAUCAAGGAAUUCCGGCGAUGCAUGUGGUCGCAGCCAUGAUCGAGGGGAUAGAAUUUUGUAUGGACCUUUGCAAGAAAAGUAAUAUUUCGUUCAAUAAGCUUUUUGCUUUGACGUGGAACCACGAAAAAGAGGCACUGAUGGACUCUAAAGUCUGCAGAGGAAGAAGGCAAGUAAAGCUAAGUCGCCAUUUUUACAACACAAAGACUGAAAGUAUUCCAGUUCAGGAGCCUCGGCUUCCUGACGUUGCACACUUGGCAAAUAGACUGAGUCACGGUUGUGAUGACGGAAUGCAUCUAGUCAUCCAAGCCAGUCAGAUCCAGUUGAAAGCGACCCCCAAUUCUGCCUUUGACGUGACUAAAGUGACAACUUGUAUGUUGCCUGGCCUUUCUGAGGACCUUGCUCACGUUGUCCCUGGCUGCGUCGUUCUCCUCAACGCAGAGCAGACUUCUGUGGCACAUCACAUGAAGGACAAACCGCUAAACGUCGUUUUUAUCCUUGGAGAUUUAUCGCACACCUAUCGUCAUCUCGGCUUGAAAAAACAUGCGGGUGUGAAACAUGUUAGCGACCAGUCGGGUUUGUCUGACUUGAGCAAAGAGGAAGAGUGGAUGGAAAAGGUCCUGAGGCUCCUGUUGCAACUGCAAGUGGACUUGGUAAUGGUCAGCGGGCUUGUUAAUGAGCUUGUGAUUCAACGCUGUUCUCAGCGUCGCAUACUUGUUGUUGGAAAAGUUCGAAUGUUCAUUUUAAAGGAGAUGGCAAACGCAGCCGGAGCGAUUAUGGUGACGUAUGCCACACAGUUGAGCAAACAUUGCGUCGGCAAGAAUAUCCAAGUCAGUAUAUGGAAGGAAAUCUAUUGUCAUGAGGGGACGCCGUUAACCGCUGUCAGAGUUAACGUCACCGGUUGCACGCGUUUUGUCACGGCUGUCAUCACCAGCCCCGUAAAUGGGAAGCUGCAGGCCCUGGAGGACCGCUUUUGGGCUUGUGCUUACCGUGUACACCACGCCCUGAAGGACAAAGCGGUGCUGCCUGGUGCUGGAACAGUUGAGAUGCUUUGUAUUUUACACCUGAAGAAGAAAGCUGAAGUUCAGAAUCCCAGAAAUGGGAUUUCUGCUUCUAACCCCUACAUUAGUAUUGUGUUUAACCUCCUGGCAGACAGUUUUACAGAAUACCUAUCCACUGUGAUGGCGAACUCCACUGGGAUUUCACAUGUCAACGCCAGGACUGCAUUAAACCAGAAACUACAAGACAUCAACGGCAUAUCUGCAGAGUUCUCACCACUAAUGUUGGACUCUGACGAGAGUGCUCCGUCAUAUAAGGUGGUUGACAAUUUUACUGUAAAGCAGGAAUCAUGGAGGAGGGCUUUAGAUCUAGUUUUGCUCGUUUUCCAGACCGAUGCUGAGAUUAUUACUGGUGUGGACAAAAGCAAGCAUGACAGUCAAACAGAUCUAAUGUUUUUAUGACCUUCAC